AUGGCGGGGUUCGAGUACAGCCGGCUCGCUGCGUCCAUGCAGGAUGAGCUCGUUGUGAAGGACAGGCAGCUUGCAGAUGCUCAUAAGAAGAUCUUCCACCUUGAGGCAAGGAUCGAGCAGCUGAUCAGCAGGGAGGGAGCUGACGGCCAGGAUGGAGAGAAGAGAAGAGACUUUAGCUUCCAAGACUUGAUGAAUGAGAAUGAUCAGCUCCGUCAGGCCCUGGAGGAGCAGAAAUUUCUGAUAGACGAACGAAUUUCAGAUGAAGAAGUCACCCACAUCCAGUUCAGAAUGGCGCAAAACCGGGAUAUGGCUAGGAUGGAGGAGGGAGCAAAGAUGCAGAUCGACGCGGCCAGUGUGGAACUGAAGCGGGUCAAAGCUGAGAUGAAGGACUGGCAGCAGUUUGCCACUACGACUGAGGACAGACUGAUGAGGGAUCGAUCCGCAAAGCUCACAUGCGAUGGAGGCAUGGAGGGUAUGCCGUGUGCUGUACGAGGAGGAGAACUGUUGUUGACGUGCGGCCUUAAACGCCAGGCCUCCAUCAUGCAAGAGCUGCAGAUCCUGCAGCUGAAGAUGGAGCUGAACUCAGCCAGAGACUUGCAAGAAGACCUUCUGAACGCGGCCGAUCAGGAGCGCAGCAAGGGCGAGAGAGCACAAGAGCUCCUGGAUGCGGCGCAGAAGAAGAUCGCGAACUUGCAGGCAAGGGGGUCAGUAGUUUCUCAAGGAGGCGACGAGUUCCCAGCUCAGCUCCAGCAGCUACAGAACGAGUUGGAAACAAGAGACAAGAUCAUCGCGAGCCUCGAGGCAGAGAGAAUGCACAUGCUCGACGACCUGCGAGAGCUGCCCAGGAUUCAGGGGAGGUGCGACGAGCUGCUGGAACACCUUCACUUCCUGAACCAGCACGUUCACACGCUGGGAGAAGAGAAGGAGCGAGAGAUCAAUCAUCUCGUGACGAAGAUGAAAGCGGAUCAGGUCAAGAGACUUCAAGAUGCCCUGGCGCAGGAGAGCUCAGCACGCGAGCACUGGCAACAGCAGGCGGCGCUGGCGGAGUCUGGAGCCCUCAACGAGCAGCUGCUGACCACACAGGAUGAGCUGCGGGAAAAGGAAACGGCUCUGCGGGAGAUCGAGCUGGACCUGAUGGAGGCUCAGGAACGAGUGCAAGGGCUGGAGACGGAGCUCCGGGAAGCGAAGCGCGAGAUGGAAAUGCUGCGGGGAGAGCUCAGACAGGUUGAAAUAGGAGAAGGAGGAGGAGGGGGCGGGGAGGGCGAGUGGGUCUGA